AUGAAGAUUCAUCUCUUUUUCUUUAUUCUGCUCUUUUGGGUCACAAUUUUACCAGCCAGAAGUAACUUUGAACCAAAGUAUAGAUUUCAGAGAUGCGAAAAAGUGAAAGGAAUAUGUAAAACAUUUUGUGAUGAUGAUGAGUAUGAUUACGGAUACUGCAUUAAAUGGAGAAAUCAGUGUUGCAUAUAA